ACAACAGGACAGGCCCACGUGGUCGGCCCCGAGUCAGUCAGUCCGCGACAGCCGCACGAGUUGGUCGUGUUUCCCCUCUCGGCGCCCGGACAAGAGCUCUCAGCGGACACAGAGGACGCCGGUGGCUCGUUGACAAGAUGGCGGCGGUGCGCGGCGCGCUGGUGCUGCUCCUGGCGGCGGUGGGCUCGCAGGCGGCAGUCAAGCGGGUGCCCUCCGUGUACUGCGACACCAACUCGCCCUACGAGUCCAUCUACAACUACAGUCUGCCCGACCUCUGGGAGAACCGCAACAUCAGCCUCUCCGAGUACCGCGGCAAGGUGGUGCUCGUGGUGAACGUGGCAACCUACUGAGGUUUCACCGGCCACUACUGGGGGCUGAAUGCACUUCAAACAGCCUUCAGGGGCCAGCUCGAGGUCCUGGGAUUCCCCUGCAACCAAUUCGGCUUGCAAGAGCCAGGAGCCAACGCCACGGAGAUCAUGAACGGGGUGAUGCACGUGCGACCCGGGGGAGGCUUCGUGCCCAACUUCACGAUGUUCAAGAAGAUCCAGGUGAACGGCGAGGACGAGGAGCCGCUCUACACCUACCUCAAGAAAAAGUGCCCGCCGACCAGGGACGGCUUCGGCGAGCUGAAGAACCUGUUCUUCUUCCCGCUGAAGAACAGCGACUUGCGCUGGAACUUCGAGAAGUUCCUGGUGGACCAGCGCGGCGUGCCCGUGAAGCGCUACGACCCCAGCUUCAACCCGGACAACAUGGUGGACGACAUCAGGGACCUGCUGUACGGCUGCAGCUCGUCCGACGGAGCAGGAGUCCCUCGUGCUCUGCGCGGCCGCUGUCGUCAGUAGUCGCGCCGCCUGGUUCCCUCCAUCCGACACACCUGGACUCCAUCCUUCCCUUCACACUGACAGACACUGCUUGUCACGAGAAGCCAAGCUGCUCGUCUCUGAUCGACGACUCUUCAUUCGGACUCCACUGGUAGUCAUUCGAUCCAAUCUACCUAGUGCUGACCUUCAAAAUUGUGGUAGGUUCCUCUGGGGCACCCUUAAGUACAAUUAAGCUCCGCUAAAAUAUAUCUAGCGCAGAGAAUUACUUACGAUUUUCCAUUUUAUAAUAUUUCCCGGCCGCAAUGAACGGUAUUCUGGUACGCACACAAAUUUAACACGUAAACUGGUCCAUUCCUGUCAAAUGAGCUUUUCCUCUUUGGGUUCCAGCGUGUGAUGAUUAUAGAUUGUCGGUAGUUUCUCCAACAUGUGAAAUAUUAAAUAUGUCUCUAGGGGUACCUUAUUCAUCCCCUCAAUCUAAAUCCAUAAAAUUAACUGAUAUUUCUCAAGAAGCCGGUGUUACACGAAAUCAAAGAAAUGUGUACCGUGUAUUUAACAAAGUGUGCGAGUUGGCUUUUGUUUCGGGACUUCAUUGUCCCUGGUAUUUCAUCGCCAGCGGUAAUUUUGAUUUACGGCGAGACGCGGAAAGGUGUUAAACGAACGCCGGAGCAAGCCUGCCAACCACGCGCGCCCACAGUUCCCGCGCUGACAGCGUUGCGGGGAGCUGGGUGGUCUCGGGCCUGACACUCGCUGCAAAGCCGGAUGUACGCGAUGCCAGGUUGACGUGCGCGGCUCUGUCGCGGAAGAAAGCCGGUCAUAUAUCAUCGUCGCUCACCAACAGGACGUAACGUCCGUAGUGAAAACACACGCAAUCAGAGCCACAACACUUCGUACAUUUAAAGCCAGCUUACGUAGCUAUCAUGCAAGGGUAUAAUGUUUGCUUACACUUUAAACGUAAACUUUCAAAUUAUUUUUUUAAUAAUCUUAAAGCCUAUGAUGUUACUUAAGAGAAUGUUUACAGCCGAAUAUAAACGUUAUUUUUUCAAAUAACAUUUUAAUUUAAUUUUUGUUUGCUGACACUUUGUCGUACGCCGCCGGUGUAUAGGUAUUUUAUACAACAUAGUACAUAACCUUUUUUUAGGAUAGUGGCAUCACUGUUAAUCGGCUUGAAUUUGUUCUCAGUUUACCCGUGCGUUGGCAAUGAGCGUGUUCCAGGUAUGCUACCAAAAAAAAUGUCUUUCGUGCGUACGUAAUUCAUUUCUACCGACAAUUUUGCAAGGCACUUUUCUCCCGUCCUUAAAUUUACUUUUCGUCAUUUGAGAAUAUUUUGUGAAAAGCGAUUUCAAUACGAACACAAACAUUGAAAUCCGUCUACUGUAACCACGUUGCAAUAAAAUCUUCGUGAGCUCAAAGUUUUAUGGAGACAGGUGUAUAUUAACCUAGAAAAUGUGCCGAUUAUUCAAGAUGGAUCGCUAAUGGUAACAGGGAAGAUAUAUUUGUGAGGUCAAAUAAUCCUAUGGUUGAUAGGGGAAGAAAUCGUAACUUGUAGUCAUUCACGUGUUUGUGAUUCACUUACACUCAGAAUUGGUCCAUCAGCUCUGAUGUUCGCUCUGUAACAAGGGAAGGAGUAUCACUUCCAGACUGAUCUUAUUCACAGUCGUGUCAAAAACAAUCAUCACAUAACGUCACUCAUCGACCUCAAUAUCAAAUAAUUUUUAAACUGUUCGUACACUACAGUGACCGUGCGUUAUGUAAUAUAAUAUACCUCAAAUAACCCCCGUCUCUCCCUAUUAACCGUAUACUUUUUCCCAUGCAACCAAACCAUCCCCAGACUCGUAUUCCAUAUUUCAAAGUAUCAGGGAUGAGCUGCUUGCGCUUCUUACACAGUUGAAUCCUUACAUUUUUUCAACAUCCUUUAUUAACCUUUGAUUAUUUGCAACUGGGCCAUUGAGUCUUAUUUAGUCAUACUUACAGAACAUUAAAAAACAAGUGACACCCUUGGCAUAAAAAUUUUUUCUGUUUAAUUUAGACUGAAGUUUAUAGAGUACGUGGGAAGUGUAUAUAUUCAUAGUUAAGCCUGAGAUAAUAUACAUCACAGUGUGGAAACAGUGGCUUCUAACAGUGUGUCGAAGAGACAGCUUCUGCUCUACAACGGCUCGUAACGAUUACCCAGUGCAGAAGAUCGUAGCUUACGAAUAGGAACCUGGAAAUUUCGCAGAUCAUUUCGGUGCUGUGCUGAAAAUUCACAGUGUUAUAUGUAAUAUGCUCGUAUUUGCUUCUAAGGUAUUUGAUUUCUUACCGUCUUUUUCGAGUCGACUGCUUUAGUGUGUAUCAUUCUUGGAUUGCACUGUACGUGUAAAUGGGCAUGUACUAUCUCUUUACAAUACCACGAGUCCUGCUAUUAGCACUGUCGUUGUUUCUGUGUGCUUUGUUGCCAGAUAUAGGUGCGCCAGAGAGCACAAAAAUUUUAAACACAACUUCAUAAAGUAAUGAAUUUUUUAUUCAUAAAGUAAUGCAUUUUUUAAAAGUAUUUGAAUCAUUAUAUUUUGUAAAGUACAAGGUAGAAUGAGAAGUUUGUAAAUGAAUUAUCCUGUUGUAUAAUAUCAGGAGCUUCAUCGAAUGAUUCCUAAUGAUUUCCGCCCCCCCCCCCCCCCCCCGAUUUGUUAGGAUACGUAACUGAAAGACACCAUCUUUGUUUUAAAUUUGUUUUUAACAAUUCAUAUUAAAACGUUUUGCUCUUUGAUCAUAGUACAUACUUGUUAGAAUGUCUUGUUAAUAAUAGUGACUGGCUUCUAAAAAUAGUUUCUCCUGUUAAAUAAUAAUUGGUGUUUAGCAUUGAUUUUUUUCUGGUCAGAGUGACUGCAACUAUAAUAAUAUCAACCAAUAGUAAAAUUUAAAAAAAAAAAAUUAACUUGCUGUAACUAUAGAUAAAAAAAAAGCAGGUUGUUUUCAAUCUGAAAACAGUGUUUGCCAUUUUCUGUGCACUGCAAUCCAAGCGGGUGACACUUGUUGGCCUUAAAUUUAUCGACAGUGUGUCGGAAGAAUUUAUAUUCAGUCUUAAACGCAAUGUGCGAAUUUAAAUUAAAAGUGACGAAAAACAAAAAAAAACAGAUCUCGAAAUUUCCUGUUUCCCACCUGCGACCGCAGUGUUGACGAGGAGCUCCCCGGAAGACGCAGGCGCACCAAGUGCGCUGCCUGCCAACAGGACUCGACUCGCGCGCGGACGCACGGAGGGAGAAAGAAGCGCCCCCCGACGCACGAACCCCCUCGGCCCUCCACCGUGAAGGGUCGGAGCCAAACCAGCGCCCCUGGCGGCCCGACCCGGAAGCCGCGGCGACGGUCGUAGGGCUCUUGUGCAUUCGGCCCGCGACCCGCUCGCCCGCGGGAGGGACCGGCGCGGCUCGCUGCCUCCUGGGCGCCCUUUCGCCCCCCUGCCAGUCCAUAGUGCGUUCGAGCCCAGCAGCGCCUGCCGCCUCGCUUUUCUAUAGUCCAUCCCAGCUUAGCCCCUCCACUCUCAGUGAUACACGCGGUUGAUCAAGCCUCGAAUGUGAGAGUCCAGCCGUACCUACGUUCCACUGGACAUCAUAUUUCAUAGCUAUGAAAUAAAUAAAAUUGAAUUGAACUUUUAUUAUAAAAUAAUCAUGCCUUUUACAACAAAAAAAUUACAAAAAAAAGAGUUAGUUGCAAUAAAGAAGUUAUAAUUAGGUAUGACAAAAACAUUUUUAAAAUUAUUACUUAAUUUUCUCUUUCAGAAUAAUUCAAAAUAUGAAAAUAAACUGUAAGGACAUGCAAAAUUUUGCGUUACUUAUAGGCAGCAAACAAAGACUGCGGACGGUUAUACAUUGUAGUAAAUCUAUCAGUGGUUCAUGGGUUAUUUGAAACCCCCUCAAGGGCUUAAAAUCAAUGAUACAAACAUGUAAACCAAGCAUUGCCCUACUAGUGACAGCGAGAUAAUUUGGGAUAAGCUUGGAUGGACUAUGCAUUGUGACACUCCAGGUAAAUGUCAUCACAAAUGUUAAUAUUGUGCGUGAAAUUUGAAAUACUUGUCAAUAAACGUUUCAAAAUA